AGAAGAAGUUCUUCACGACGAUGAAGAAAAACGGCUCCUACCGAACCCGGGACCAACUCACUUCCAAAUGGAGCCACAUCAACAAAAAAGUCUGAAAGUUUAUCGGAGUUUACGAGGAAUGCUCCCGGUCCUAGAGGAGCAGCACGAACGACGCCGAUGUUCUCUGGCUUGCCACGACCCGGUAUCAAGACAACGGGCACCAAGAUCCACCGUCGUCGCCGAGGUUGAGGUCGAUGAGACUAUCGGUUCUACCGAUCAAAUCCCUUCCUUCAACGUUGCGGGUUCCGAUGACGAGGACCCCAUUCCACGGCCGAUCGGAAGAAAGAAGGCAAAAUCCAUUGCCUCUGGUUCGGGAGGGUCCGCCUCUGUUUCCGCUUCUCCCCGCGACGAAAUCGGCCGGGCAAUGGUUGAACAACUUCGGGCGUUCAAUCUCCAAGAACAAGAGAGGUUGAAGCUAAAGGAGAAGGAGUUGAAGCUAAAGGAGCAGGAGGCCGAGAUGAAAGUCAUGCAAACCGACCCCGGGAUCUCGAUCCUUUCCUUCUCAGCCGAUUCUCUGUUCCUCGGCAUAAGCAUGGCAUACGCCAUCAACAAGGAUACACCUGUUCUCCAACUUCAUGCCAAGACCCAUUUUCCGAUUAAACUCAUCACCACAAAUUUUCCGAUCUGGCAGCGCCAGGUUCGCUCCACUCUUAUUGGCCUUAAUCUUCUGGGCUACAUUGAUGGGACACUCACGUCUCCCCCAACCACGGUUGACGGCUCCGCGAAUCCGUGUUACUCCAUCUGGUUUCGUCAAGACCAAUCGAUCGUCGGUGCCCUAUUGGGUAGUUGUACCGACACCAUCCAACCGCUCAUUUCUAAUGUUGAAACGGCUCGUGAAGCGUGGCUCAAUCUUCACUCCAGUUUUGCGAGCGCGAGUCGCGGCCAUAUUUUAGCCCUCAAGUCUAAACUUGGGAAGAAUCCGCGUGGUGCUCGUUCUAUUAAUGAGUAUCUCCAUGAAAUGCACUCUCUUGCCAAUGAGCUUGCGCUUAAUCAAAGUCCAGUUGCGGAAGAGGAUCUCGUGUCACAUGUCCUCAAUCAGCUUGGUCUAGAGUAUGAUCCUGUCGCAUCUGCUGCCUUCAUCCGUGGCUCCAAACUUCCAUUUUCUGAACUUGGUGACGUUUUGCGUGAUUUUGAACACAAAUUAACCCUUACUGAUGAUGCAACUUCCACCGUGGUGGCCACUACCAAUGCUACUCAACGCCAUCCCUCUACUGGCACACAUUGGCAGUGUUUCUGGUUCGUCGGCAUCGUCCUCUCGGUCCUCUGGUAAUCAACGUUUUUCUUCUGGGGGGUCCUUCAAGUCGUCCCGCCGUCAUGAUGGGUCCUCUCCAGCUUGCCAUUUCUACUCCAUUCCUGGGCAUGACAUUAAAGUUUGCCGUAAACU